CAACAUAUAUCACAGUUUUAGUACGAAUUAUCCACAGAAAACUGCACCAAGAGAAAUCUCAACCAAUCGUCGCGAUAAGUCCCACCGCAAAGUAUAGAUACUGCGUUACGAGAUUUUGAUUGGUAGUGGUUAUGUUAACUUCAUUGGAGGAUUAUCGUGUCUCAUCGUUGCCAUCAAAAUUCUUCUACAUACCAAAUUUUAUAAGUGAAGAAGAAGAGAAAGAUUUAUUAAGGCACAUUUAUGCUUCACCUUUGCCGAAAUGGGUUGCCUUACGCGACAGACGAUUACAAAAUUGGGGUGGCCUACCGCAUGUUAAAGGCAUGCUGGUUGAAAAAAUUCCACAGGUUCAUUUAAUAUCUUUGAUGAAUUUAAAAAUAUAGUCUGUUUAUUUUUUAGUGGUUACAAGUAUACAUGAAUCGAGUUUCAGCUUUAAAUCUAUUCCAUGAGAAUAAAGCCAAUCAUGCAUUAGUAAAUGAAUAUGAAUGUGGACAAGGCAUACUUCCUCAUCAUGAUGGACCGCUAUAUUAUCCUGUUGUGGCUACAAUCAACUUGAAUUCUUACGGUGUCUUAGAUUUCUAUACACCAUUGGAUAGAGGAGAUACAGAUCAGAAGGAACAAUCAACUUUACUAGAGGAUCGUUAUAUCGGUUCAGUUUAUCUUGAACGGUGUAGUUUAAAUAUACUUACUGAAGACAUGUACACCCACUACAUGCAUGGUAUUGCACAACGUGAAACUGACUCACUAAUACAAUAUGAUGAUGAAAGUAAUUCUUCAAUGUCUUCGUUGAAAGCAGUUGAUAAUACCGCUGUAAUUCAUAAUUGGUCUGCCAUCAAUCUGAAUGAUAUUCAACCACAAUCACACCGACGUGGUAAACGUGUUUCAGUAACUAUACGUUAUGUACCUAAUGUAAGCAAGCUCAGUGUGAAAGAUUUAUUGUUCAAAAAGUAGACAAGCACCGUUAUUCCCCGGACACUGAUCCAAUCUAAUACUUCGGGAUAUUAUGUUUUGUAUUAUUUUAUAUCGGAAUAAAUAUUUUUGUGUUGAAAAGAAUUUAUAUUUUAUAUUCAGAA